AGAUUGAUUUGAAAAUAUUAUCAUUUCGAGUGAUCCAAAUGGCAAAGAGGAAUAUAUUCUUUGUUUCGUUUCUUCCUUAGUUGUGCUUAAUUCCUUUCUUACCAUGGCUUCUUUAUUAAAGAGAGCUUUUGGUUAUGAAUUUUCUUCCUUUAUAAACGGGCUUUUCGUACAUACAAAUCAUAAUAGUAAUCACAGAAUUAAUAAGAGGUUCAAUAUGCCGAAGGGUCGACCAAUUUCCUUACAGACAGUUGAGCUGAAAGUAAGGAUGUGCUGCACAGGUUGCGAAAGAGUCGUUAAAAAUGCCAUCUACAAGCUCAAAGGCAUAGAUUCAGUGAAGGUGGAAUUAGAGAUGGAAAGAGUAACAGUUACAGGAUAUGUUGAGAGGAACAAGGUGCUUAAGGCAGUUAGGAGAGCAGGAAAAAGGGCUGAAUUUUGGCCUUACCCAAAUCCACCACUUUACUUCACAUCAGCUAACCAUUACUUCAAAGAUACAACCAAUGAAUUCAAAGAAAGCUACAAUUACUACAGACAUGGUUACAAUCUCCCAGACAGACAUGGGACAAUGCAUGUCUCUCAACGUGGAGAUGACCAUGUUAGUAACAUGUUCAAUGAUGAUAAUGUUCAUGCUUGCUCUCUCAUGUAAAUUAUUUUAUUUUAUUUUAUUAAUAAACCCCCUUUCCCCUGUUAUUGUUAUGUAUAUGUAUAUAUAUUGCUAGCUAGUUGUGAAAACUUUUAUCACAAUAUGUAAAUUUCAAGUCAAUUAUGUGUGUCUUACUGCUAGCUAAUCGUGGAAACAUUUAUGUAUCGUGAUAUGUUAAUUUGCAGUAAUGUAUGUCUUAUGAAAUUUGGUUUGUGUA